CAACCUUCUUUUCCUGUGUGUGUGUUGUGUGCGUCGCUCUCUCCAUCUCUCUCACACACACACUCCUUGGUCUUUUUCUCCUUUGCCUGUUGUUGCCGUCACCUCUCUGGACACUCUCUCUCUCUCUCUGCUGCCAUACCUCCGUGCCCUGUCUGUCUCCCUUAGUGGGGCGCUGUCAGGGUGUCAGAAGGGGGCAGCGACUGGACACGGGGAGGAUGGGGGUAGUCCUUAUCGCAGUGACAGCAUGAAGAGCAUGAUGGCGGAGGGAGCCAAGGCCGGGAGAUGGCAGACUGUCCAGGGCCACAUGCAGUCUGGAGGAUUCAGACCCAGCAACUUUGGGGAUCCGGUCUUAUCCUACACUUCCACUCUGGAGCACAUCCCAAUCGGGCCCGCCCGCCCCCGGACGCUGCUACGCCAGCAGAGUCUCCAGCAGCCCCUCAUCCACCCGCCGGGCUCGAGUUUCGGCCACCCUCCGACCACGUCCCAGAGUUUGGGACAAUUACACACCGCACCCGGGGCCGCCGGGAGAGGAGAUGGAGGUGGUGACGGCGGUGGCGAGGGUGGAGUUGCAGGUAAAAGAGCUGUUCCGCGGGCCACGCGGGGAAGCCCCGCAGGGGCUGGUGCCUCUCGCUAUAGGGGAGGCGACGCAGGAGGCCGCUCACGUGGUAAUCCCGGCAGCUGGGAUUACACGAUGGACCAGAUCCGGAAUCGUGGCCUGGACGUCAAAUCCUUUCUUGAAGGAAAGCUGGUGGUUCUGUCUUUGGCCAUCGGUGUGGCCGAGCAAGACGACUUUGCCAAUAUCCCUGACCUGCAAGAAACGGCACAGGCGGCCCCUGCAGCCAGUCAGGAGCCCCCCCUCGAGAAGAGGUACCAUAUAAUGGGUAACAAGCCAGCCAACAGCCCCAAAGGCCAACCCCCUGAUGCUGACGGCCACUCCUCCGUAACUGACCUGGCCAACUCUCUCACUGGAGACAUGGUGAUGCUGUCUCCAGGUUCGGAGGAUGACGAUGGCGAGGGUCCUAUCAGUGAGAAGCUGGGCCGUAUCCAGUUCAGCAUAGGCUACAGCUUCCAGAACACAACCCUCACAGUCAAAGUUCUCAGGGGCCAGGAGCUACCAGCCAAGGACUUUUCCGGUACCUCGGAUCCCUUCGUUAAAAUCUACCUGCUGCCUGAUAAAAAGCACAAACUGGAAACCAAGGUCAAAAGGAAGAACCUCAACCCCCACUGGAAUGAAACCUUCUUGUUUGAAGGUUUCCCCUAUGAGAAGGUGAGGGAGCGCACACUUUACCUUCAGGUGUUGGACUACGACCGCUUCAGCAGGAAUGACCCUAUUGGAGAGGUCUCAAUCCCCCUUAACAAGGUGGAACUGGGCCAGAUAAAGACCUUCUGGAAGGAGCUCAAGCCCUGCAGUGAUGGCAGUGGAAGACGAGGGGACUUGCUGGUGUCUCUGUGCUAUAAUCCCACUGCCAACACCAUAACUGUGAACAUCAUCAAAGCUCGUAAUCUCAAAGCCAUGGAUAUUGGGGGUACCUCAGAUCCCUACGUGAAGGUGUGGCUGAUGCACAAAGACAGGCGUGUAGAAAAGAAAAAGACAGUCACGAUGAAGCGCUGUCUCAAUCCCGUCUUCAAUGAGUCCUUCCCCUUCGAUGUGCCCGCCCAUGUGCUGAGGGAAACCACCAUCAUCAUCACUGUCAUGGACAAGGACAGACUCAGUCGCAACGAUGUUAUUGGCAAGGUGUUCACCUGA